UCAACCUUUAGCUUGGCAGGAAGUGCAUCUUGUGCUGGAACAUGAGGACAAGAAGCUGUUAUAUGCAGAGCUACCGGGACAACACACUAAGCUUUUAACGAACUAACGUCGAGGGAUGGACAGUUGUGGGAGAGGACGACCAUGGGGGAAACUGGUCAAAGUGGGCUCUAGUGAAACUGUCCUGCUUUUUAACAGGGAAUGCACAGUCGGCAGGAAAAAAGGAUGUUAUCUGUCAUUUCCAGCCAGCAAAUUGGUCUCUGGGGAGCACUGCAAGAUUGUACAAGAUGAAAGCUCAGGGCUGGUGUGGCUUGAGGACAUGAGCACUAAUGGCACAGUGAUCAACAUGUCCAAACUGGUCAAGAAGCAAACUCACAUGCUGGAGAACGGCGAUGUCAUCUACUUUGUAUAUAGGAAAAGUGAACCAGAACAAAACAUCGCCUAUGUUUACCACUCAAUCAAAACAGAGCAAACUAGUUCACAACAUAGUUAUGACAUGGAGAGACCAGUCCACAGUCCAGCUCCUGUUCCAGCUUCAGAGAUGUCACUCUCUGUAGAGCCAGUUAUGCUCACGAAGGCUCCACGGGAUCCAACCCAGGAGGAACCUCAGCCCUCCACCUCCACUUCCCACUUCUGUAUUGAGAGCCCUCUCACUUGUGGUCCCAAGGCAACCACAGCCUCUCCUGCCUCUGGCCAAGCUAAAGAAGACAUGAACAGCAUGGAGCCAGAAAGCAAGCGGAGGAAAAAAGAUAACGAUAAAGAAUAUGAUUCUGGCUCACCACACACCUCCAGUACAGAAGUGGGCGGUUCAGCUAAGGGAAGUCAUUUGUCUAAACCUCCAGUGGAAGAGACUAAAACAGACAAGAUGGAGGAGACUCUGACGUGUGUUAUUUGUCAGGACCUACUGCAUGACUGUGUCAGCUUGCAGCCUUGCAUGCAUGUCUUCUGUGCUGCCUGCUACUCAGGCUGGAUGGAGCGUUCUCCACUUUGUCCCACUUGCCGCUGCCCUGUGGAGAGGAUUCGUAAGAACCACAUCCUCAACAACCUGGUGGAGGCCUACCUCAUCCAGCACCCAGAAAAGUGUCGCAGUGAGGAGGAUCUGAAGAGCAUGGACAGCCGUAACAAGAUUACUCAGGACAUGUUGCAGCCAAAAGUUGAGCGCUCUUUCUCUGAUGAGGAGGGCAGUUCAGAUUACCUCUUUGAGCUCUCCGACAAUGACAGUGACUCCUCAGACAUUAGUCAGCCUCUAGUGAUGUGCAGACAGUGUCCUGGCUACAGGGGGGAGGUCAGUCAGGUGCUGUUUGCUUCAGGUUCAAACUACUGGUUUCCUGGUCUGCCAGCCCCACCUCUUGUACCUUCUCCACCCAAACCAGCUACUGAGGAGGGGUCUGCAAAGCCCACAGGGGAGGAGCCCUCGACAUCCUCUGAUGUCCCGUCAGCUCCUCAGGAGUACCGCUGCCCCCCUCAGGGUUGCCAUCUCAUCUGCACCUGCUGCCUCCAGCCGAUGCCAGACAGACGGACCGAGUUAAACAGCCAGCAGGUUACUUCUCAACAAUGUGUGCUGUGCCAGCGACCCUUCUGUCAUAUGUACUGGGGUUGCCAGAGGAUUGGCUGUCAAGGCUGUCUGGCUCAAUUCAAUGAGCUCAAUCUGACAGACAAAUGCUUGGAUGGAGUGUUAAACAACAAUAACUACGAAUCAGAAAUCCUCCAGAACUACCUGUCCUCCAGAGGGAAGUCAUGGAAAGAUCUUCUACAGGAAGCUCUGCAGGGCUUACAGCAAGCAAACUACAGUCUGACAGACUGCAGAAUCUCUGCAAACACCAUCCUGUGCUUCUGCUGCGGCCUGCGAGCAUUCAAGGAGCUGGCCUACAAGUACAGACAGAACAUCCCUCCAUCUGAGCUGCCAGCUGCUGUAACAUCCCGUCCCGACUGUUACUGGGGACGCAACUGUCGCACACAAGUGAAGGCACAUCAUGCAAUGAAAUUCAACCACAUAUGUGAGCAGACACGUUUCAAGAACUGAAGGAGCAGAGAGAUUUGUUUCUUCACUGUCAAAUGUAGAUAACUGAGCAUCUCAUGCAUUGGAGAAACAUGAUCCUGUUAAAUUUCAUUGUGUCCAUUGUUGCUUACUGCCUUCCAGAGGUUAUGCAAUAACUUAAUGCAAAAAUUACAAUCAAUAUCCAUUUAUAAUAGUAACCAGUGUCUUACUUGGCACAGGGCUGUGUGAAAUAAUGCUAUGCACAUUCAAAUUCAAGUUCAGAGUUUAGUAAAGUUCCAAGCUGUACUUUAGACCUGGGUGGACAUUGAACACUAGCCACCACCUAAAUUGUGGUCAGUUUUGUCUGUGGCUCAUGCAUUUGUCUAAUUUACCCAGUCAUUUAUUUGUUUGGGUGGUGAAACAGUUAAAGGUGCUUCCUGAUAUGUCCUUCCUCCAGUUUAUGUGACAAAAAUGUUAGUUUUCCUCUCUAAUCAGGAGCGGUUGAGGCAAUCUGUAUGGAUUAAGGCCAUGUAUGUACACUUACAAGUGUUGGUGCACUUGUUUUAUAUUAUGUCCUUCUCCAGCCUUGGUUAUAAAGGCUUAAAGGACCUGAUGCAUAUUUUCUUUCUUUUUUUUAACUUAUGUGUUUUAACAGUCUUAUGAAAUACUGAGCUUAGAACCCAUGGUAAAAACAACAUAAGCACCGUUUUGUGCAGAUAUGCUGCUUCCAUGAUCCAGACUGCUAACUUUAAACAAUAUUAGUACAUGAGUGUCUCACUUUGAGGAUCUGUUCGUGUUUUGCCAGGGCAUUAUUGUGUUCCCAGGAAAGGGCAAAAAGCCAUGUUGAAGCACAGCCCACAAACCAGGGUAGAUUCAUAAUCCCAUGUGAUAUUUGUUUAGGAUUUCAUGUCUGUGGGAAGGGGAUCAAUGUGUUGUAACGCUGUCAGAGGGCACGGGGGCCUCCGUUGUAUGCUUUGCUCUGGAUAAUCGUCUCCAAGGUGAUUAAAGUAACGUAGAAGGGACGCCUUUUCAGAGCCAUGUAGUAAGGGCUAAGCUGUUAGCACAGUUAUUCCAUGUGGACUCUAAAGAGGAGAAAACAGACUGUACUCCAAGUAACCAGCAACGGCUAAAUGUGCUGAAACAGUUUAGAGAACCAUGCCAAUACAAACACAACAGUAUGUUCUGUCAUUUGGGUUCUAAUUAUAUAUGUUAUUGCUUACAUUGCAAGAAUUUUGAUAGAGGUCUAUUCAGCUUCUGUUAAUGUUUUGGAGAUACUAGUUGUCGUUGGAUUUGGUUAGAUUAAAAGUGAAAUAUUAAGUGAAAUAGAUUUUCUCUGGUUCCUCAGGUACAUAAAGCUGCUGUUGUUUUAAUUGCAGGUGAACCAUGUUUGGUGGUUAGAAAAGUUCUGUGUCAACAUGUAAAAGCUGUCACUGAACAGUCGUGUUGACUCUGAUAACAUCUCAUUUAUGACUAUCACUAAGCAAGUGUCAGCAAGUCUCCAUCAUGCAAACAUGCACAGCUAGUAUUGAUGUAAAAAUUUGAUUUUUUUUUUUUCUUACUUAGCCAAGUGAAAUAAGAACAUUCAUAAUUUAGUUUCAAGAGGCCUUUUAUAUUGAAAUUAUAGUCUUGAAGUUCCCCUAUUUUUUUGUAGGAUCACUGUUUGUGUGUAGAAGAUGCUGGUGGAUGUGAAGAAUAGGGGCCUUGGCUUGCAUUAGUAAAUUUUUUUUGAAUAAUUUCAUGCAUAAACGUUGUUCUUGUUUAUUUAGUUUUUUGUUGCUAGAUAUGUUGAUAUAACUAUGAGGAUAUUUGCACAUACUUGUUUCUAAGUAGAGUCUACAAGGUGAUGAUAUAAACUGAACAUUCUGGAAACGGUGUCUGUAUCCUAUGUAUGGGAUGUCAGUACUAUGUGAAUUGUAAUCAUAUGAAGAGUUUUGUCCUAAAAUGACAGACGCCAUCAGAAAUGCAAAGGUAAAAAAAUCAUGCUAAAUUGUAGAAUAUUUAGUGUGUUUCUGGUUUGUAGCAUUAGGAACUGUAUCCAUAGUGAAUAUGGAUACAGUAUGUGUUAUUUAGGAAUUUAGCUCUCCAUAUUUUCAUUGUAAGCCUUGGUGGCAAAAUGGGUUUGUGAAUGGGCACUUUCCUGGCCUCUGCCUGAGCUCCUUAGUUAAUUUGCGAUGUUAGCAAGGUUGUUUAGGUGUUGUUUUUUUCUUUUUGGUCCCCUCAGUCAUGGUGGGUCCAUAUUGGCAUUCCUUAGCGGCUCAGGCCCUCAGCACAAGCCUGGUCGAUCCCCCGACGGAGUGGCUGAGUUUUAAUUAUUCCCUACAGGAGAUCUGUGCACCCUAAGCCAACAACAGUCCCAAGCCGCUCCAAUCAGGAAUUGGCAUUAAAGAGGCUUUGGAGGAGUGCUUUGCAUUCUCCCUGGGGUGGGAUGUGCAGCAGUAUGUUGUAUAUUAAGGCAAAUAUUUACUCACUUUGUGUGCAAAAGUCUGGACCAAGCUGCUCAGCAGUAUGGACGAGGCAGGUUUCAUUCUACCUCAUCACAGCUUCCAGGGAUAUGGGAGACUGAACGGGCAUCAGAGUUGUAUCAGUUCAUAGCUGAACAUGCAUCUCGCAGUAUGAGGGAAGGUAGUCCUCACUGAUGCCUGUAAACUGUGUAUGCAAUGCACUAUUUCAACAAUUAGUCUGGACUAUAAUCCACUUCUAGUUAAAUCACUAUAGAGCACUAGGCACAUGCAAAAAUUGUUGAGAGGACUGAAGUUUGAGAAAUAUGUUUGAGAUUCUGAUAAAUGCUUCUUUACCCUGUAUGUUGUAUUAGCAAUGCUAAAAUUGUCUCUGAAAUGCUUAUGGAUCUGAUUUGCUUGUUUACUUUAACAAAUUAAAAGACUGAUAUAGCUGUCUGUAGAAACUGACUUGGUUUUGUCAAUACAUGAAAGUCUCCUUGCCAUUUAAAGAGGUGUUUGGCUUAUUCUUACUUCACUUGGAUGUUUGAGCUUCACUGUGUGUGCACGGUUUGACACGAGAAAGGCUGCUUUCACAUUUCACAUCAAACUUCCAGCAGACAUAAACCAAGAAGUAGGAAACAUCUUGUUUUCGGUAGUUAAAGAUGAAGUAAAAAAUAUUUGCAUACUCAUAGUUUCUGCAUUUUUCAGUUAAGCAGUAGAUUUUCUUUUAGAAAGUUUUAAACUGUGUUUGUGGGAUCUUAAGUUCACAAUACGAUGCAACUUCCAGUUGAGAUGAGUCUAGUUGAGCAAAUUACCAGAUCUGUAUGUCACCUAGUGCAAAUAGUGUUCACAUAACAGUGUGGGGUGUGUCCAUCCCAAAAAUCUCAACAGGUCCUGGAUAAAAAAAACUCAUUGGUCAGACAAAAGAUCAGCAUAAGAUUCUGACUUAUAAUUCCAGUUUUGUCCCAAAGAUGUCUGAGGUUCCUACUGAUAGUGUAACAUCUUCUGUUAGAUCAAGGACAAAACAUGUGAAUGACAUAGCCUUUAUUAAAAAUUUACAUUAAUUCAUAACUCAUUUUAAAUAUGACUGUGAUUGCUAGUUCUCUC